UGUGAUAAAGUGUGAAGGGAUUUAAGUUAGAGCCUGGGAAUUCACGUAUAUUCAUUAUAGUUGUAAUUAAGUUGUUGGUGGAGCAAAUCCUAAUGAGCCUCACUUGUAAACAAAAUAUGAAACAGUGAUUAACGUAGCUUAAAGGUAAUUUAAGGUUUUUAGCAUAAGCGUGAUCGCUUAAACAACGUUGAACAUAACCAAGAGAACAAUAUUUUAAGAACGAUAGAGCAAGAUAUGAAUCGAGUGAAAUGAAUAUUUUAAUGCACAUUUGGAACGGUCACAAGGAAUGGCUGAAAAGGAGGCAAAGAUUGAAUAUGUGACAGAACCUUGUCCCAUAAAACCUCGUAAAAUAGGUCCACAAAACAUUGUCUUACGUCUAAAACGACGUGAAACUUUUGGCUGUCCUUAUCCAGGAACACACGUUCAUAAUGCUAGACAAUUUUACCAAAAUGUGUUUCCAAAUUUUACUGUCAUGAAUGUAGAGAAACCACCUUGUUUUCUCAGAAAAUUUAGUCCCGAUGGACGUUAUUUAAUAGCUUUUAGCGCUGAUCAAACUUCGAUAGAGGUUUACGAAUAUCGCGGUGCGUCUGCAGCUGCCGAUUUAUUAGCGAAUUGCGAAGGCGAAUACAUUGGUCAUAAGAAUGACGAAUGCAGUUUUCAAAUUAGAAGUAAUAUUUUUAACCGAUUUUUCAAGGCCAAAUGGAUUGUGAAUGUAGUGCAGAGUAAUGAACAACUAAACAGAGAAUGCAGUUUAUUUACAGAUGACGGUCGGUAUGUAAUUGUGGGUUCUGCUGCCCACAUUCCGGAUGAAUUAAGACCUCACUUUUAUCAGAUUUAUUCCAAUAAUGAAGCAUUAACACCAAAUCCUAGAUCGCCACUGGAAGAUUAUAGUUUACAUCUUGUUGAUUUACGUGGAGGAAAAUUAUGUGAUACUAGACAUUUUAAAGUAGACAAAAUAUACUUAUCUCAUAACCAGGGUCUUUAUUUGUAUAAAGAUAUAUUAGCAGUUUUGUCUGUACAGCAUCAAACUAUACAUAUAUUUCAAAUUCUUGAUGGAAUGUUUAUAAAUGUCAGAACAAUAGGAAGGUUUUGUUUAGAAGAUGAUGCUUACCUAGUUACAAGCGCUUGUCCUGGAGUUCAUUGCCGUCCAUUCAGAGACAUUACAAUAAAUAGUCUUAAGCACAAGUUAUUGGUUUAUCUAUACAAAAGAGCAGCAUACAUUAGCGAUACAACAAAAGAUCCAUACGAAUUGAGGCGUUUUUAUCAAUAUUUUGAUCAGUUAAAUGCGUUACGUAUGUGGAAGAUGCAAUUGCUAGAUACGAAUCAUAUACUUGUAAGAUUUGCGAGUGAAGAGGUGGCAACACUUCAAGCGAACGAACCUAACGCACAACCGGCACUUUUAGUAGUUUACGACAUGGUUACAGCUAAAAUAUUAGCUGCAUAUGAUAACGCGUCAACACAAUUAUUGACGCAGUUUGAAAAUUUUAGCGAUUUCUUUAGAAAUGCAAGAAUGAGUACUGACUGUCAGUACAUGUGCUCUCCAUCUAAUAAUAUAUAUGCAAGAUUAUUACAGCAAAGGUUUAAACAAACGAUAGUGAGUGCUAGAUACGGCGGUGUUACGGAAGCUACGAAAAGGCUACUUGCUCAAUUGCCAAUAUGUGCUCAGUCUUAUUCUAGUUCCCCGUACCUAGACUUAUCCCUGUUUUGCUACGAUGAUAAAUGGGUUUCUAUGAUGGAGCGUCCAAAAGCAUGCGGAGAACAUCCCAUACGAUUUUACGCUCGCGACUCUGGUCUUCUGAAGUUUCGAAUGUACGCAGGAAUGUUGGGACGUACGACACCAACAUCUGCAAGACGAUUAGUUGCAUUUACGUUUCACCCGACAGAUCCGUUCGCUAUUUCCGUUCAGCGUACGAAUGCUGAAUAUAUUGUCAGUUUUCAUGUUAGGCAUGUCUAAGAUUUUAUCAGAAUAUGUAAAGUUUCAUAACUAUUCGUAUGUACAAUACCAUUCAUUCAACUUUAUCCUGUUUCGACAAUAUCGAUCUCAUUGCACGUCAUCGAUAAUGUUAACUGAUAAGAAGGUUGCUUGAAAAUCUUAUGACAUUUGCUGCGGGAUUUUGUAAAUAUUUGAGAAACAUUUUUAACGUCACCAAUUUUAUUAAAGAAAUUAUAAAUGACCAGGUUCAUGAUUUGUUACCGCUUUUAUUAAAUUUCAGGUCAUUAGCAUUAAAUAUUCGAAAUCAUCGGUACCAUUAAGUAAAGCGAGAUGUUUCAGCAGUAGAUAAAAUAGA